AUGCAGCAGUUUCCAAAGGGCAAUAAAUCACGAUGCAGCGGUUUGUCAACACUCAUAAUUCUUGACAGGAAUCCUGAAUGUUCUCUGCAAAAAGUUCUCUUUGCACUAAAGUAUUUGGUGAAUUGGGGCGGCUGCAUUCACACAAGUGUUGGCAGGAAUAUUAUUCAAAGUAUGAAAACAAUGAACCAAGAAAUCAAGGAAUUGGGUUUGUACAUCAUGAAGAAUUUCAUGGUUUGUCCAAAUAAGGAGAAACUGAGGACCAAAGACCACAAGUGUAAGUUGAUUUUCACGCAGAAGACCAUUGUUGAGGAAAUACAGGAUCCAUAUUUCGACAUGUGUAUCUUCAAAUUCAGACCCUAUGAGCAGUUGUCUAAUCCACAGGACUUUGACGACACCGAACUAUUCGAUGUUAUCGGCCAAAUUGUGAGUUAUGGGGACGUACAGUCUGUCAACCAAGAUGGUAACGUCCGGAUGUUCAUGAACGUUGAGCUACAGGAUUAUAAGAGCAACAACAUAUCUGCAACAUUUUGGGGCGACUUUGUGGAACAGAUCAAGCCACAUUUGAUUGAAUCGAAUGAUAAGCCUGUUGUCGUCGUCAUGCAGUUGGUUAGAGCACAUCGAUUUCGAGAACAAUAUUCAGUGAGGAACACUUGGCACGUUUCCAAGCUUUGGAUCAAUUCAGAUCUUCCUCAAAUUCUUGACUUUAGCUCCAGAAUCGUCUCAGUGUGUGGAGAAAGCUCACAAAGAAUUACUCAAAUUUCGUCUCAAAAGACUCAUUCUAUUGAAGAUGAAUUAGCAUCUGGAAGUGUUGGAGUUAAAACUAUUGAGGCUUUGAUUGACUCUAAGCAUCCGGGAAACUUCUGGAUUGUAGCAACCAUACAUAGACGUAGAGCAUGGAUGGUCUUAUUUAGCAUGCAAAAUGUGCGCAAAGAAGGUUGA